GCUCUUCAAGUGUGAUUCGAUAAUGCUUGUUUUCUUUUCUUUACUUAGUAAUUCUUUAAGAAAGUAGGAUUUUGCUUACGAGUAUUGCAAUAUUCGUAUCUUUUAGUGCGAGUACAAAUGUGUUUAUAGCAAAUAGUGUGUGUUAUAAAACAGGAAGCGUACACAAACGCUCCUGUGCAGCGAGAUAAUUGCAGCCUGCUGUGAUCAUUUGAGUGAUGGAAGGGCAGGACCAGAUGGAGAUGAAGUUCAGUGGAGGAGGCGAUGUGGGGGGCCUGGAGCUGUGUAUUGUAUGCGGGGACCGUGCCUCCGGCAGGCAUUAUGGUGCUAUUAGUUGUGAAGGUUGCAAAGGCUUCUUCAAGCGAUCGAUCCGCAAGAAGCUAGGGUACCAAUGCCGCGGCAGCAUGAACUGCGAGGUGACGAAGCAUCACCGUAACCGAUGCCAGUACUGCCGCCUGCAGAAGUGCCUCGCGUGCGGUAUGAGAAGCGACUCGGUCCAGCAUGAACGCAAGCCCAUCGUGGAUAAGAGCAAGAACGAGCGGGAAGGCCACGAGAGACAAGCGGCCUACUCCAAGCUGCUUGGGCUAGCGGGGCAGGGGCAGAUUAACCCUAAAGAAGAACCGUCGGAAGCGUUCGGGCCGGUGUCGCCAGCGCCCGCUCUCAACUUCGCGCUCGCGGCCGCCGUCGCUUUCAACAAGGGCAGUCCAGUGUCCCCCUAUCUGACGCCAUCCGGCCCCGGCGACAUGGAGGGCGCGCGGCGUCAACAGCUCAUGCUGCAGACGCAGCUGGCAAAGAACCUGUUUAAGAUGGGCCAGUUCGGAGCCAUCAACGAGUACCUGCAGUCGGCCGCGUACGCCGCCGCGCCAGAUGUGCCCAUGUCCAACGUGCAUGUCAGUGAUAACCAGCAGAGCGAUGUAGCAGAGGAGCCGGGCAUCCUGAGCACGGCGGAGUCGCUGCAGCUGCCGCUGUCGCUGCCGGCGCCGGCGCCGCCGCACCUGCGGCUGCACGCCGUGUGCGAGGCGGGCGCGCGCCUGCUGGCCGCCACCGCGCGCUGGCUGCUCAACGUGCCCGCCGCCGCCGCGCUGCCGUUCGAGAUCCAAGUGAUCCUCCUAAAGAAGUGCUGGCCGGAGCUGUUCGUCCUAGGGCUAGCCAAAUACAGCGCGGCGUUGUCGCUGUCGUCGCUGCUGCCGCUGCUGGUGAGCCACCUGCAGACCGUGCUGCGGGACCGCGCCGCCAGCGCGGACGCGGACCGAGGGGCCGACUUGGCACAACCAGAGAUAACAGCGGCGGACUACUCGGACGAGCGCGUGUCGGAGGUGAGCGGCAUGCUGUCGCGGCUGCAGCAGUUCCUCGCGCACCUCGACCAGCUGCGGGUCAAUGACCGCGAGCACGCGCACCUACGCGCACUCUGUCUCUUCUCACCCGACGGCGUACCAGACUUCCUAAGCUCCAAGCUUCAAGACUACCAAACGCGCGUCCUCCGCUCACUGAAGGCAGUAUGCAGUAGCGACGAGAACCGCCUGGCUACCCUGUUACUGCAGCUGCCAACACUGCGCUCCUUCACCGGGCCAUUCUUAGAAGAUGUGUUCUUCGUAGGGUUCGUUGGUGACGUCAGCAUUGACGAUGUCGUUCCUCAUUUGCUGCAUGCUGAGCGUUGAUUGGUGAAAGCUUAUUGUUAUCUUCUCCUACAUAACAUAGCAUUACGCCUGUACCCCAGAAAGGGUAGGCAGAGGUGUAUAGCAUAUACGGUCACGAGCAUUAAUAUGUAUACACUUUGGUACCAUGUCUCAUUAACUUUUUUGACAA